GGCUUUUUUUGGUUCUGUGCUUUCCGAUUGCUGCAUUGCAGGGGAGGCAAGUUUGAUGGUAAUGUGUUCUCAGAAUUGUACAGGAGACUGAGAAUCCCAGAGCAUUGCACUGAGAAAUCGAUAUGGAAGAAAUGAGAUUCAUACAGGUUCUCCUGAAAAGAGAGAGGAUUGUCUGGGGGGUGUUCUAAGACAUGGAAUAGGUUUUCCUCAUUGAAGCCUCUUGUAACUUUGUUAUGCAUUCUCCUCUUCAACAGACAGCUGUGUUUAAUGUCAGCAAAUGGCCAACAUCAGCUCUGUGAGUGAGUUCCUCCUGCUGGCAUUCGCAGACACGCAGGAGCUGCAGCUCCUGCACUUCGCGCUCUUCCUGGGCAUCUACCUGGCUGCCCUCCUGGGCAAUGGCCUCAUCCUCACCGCUGUAGCCUGCGACCACCGCCUCCACACCCCCAUGUACUUCUUCCUCCUCAACCUCGCCCUCCUUGACCUCAGAUCCAUCUCCACCACUCUCCCCAAAGCCAUGGCCAAUUCCCUCUGGGACACCAGGGCCAUCUCCUAUCAAGGAUGUGCUGCACAGGUCUUUUUCUUUCUCUUCUUCAUAUCAGCAGGGUAUUAUACUCUUACUGUCAUGGCCUACGACCGCUACGUUGCCAUCUGCAAGCCCCUGCACUACGGGAGCUUCCUCGGCAGCAGAGCUUGUGCCCAGAUGGCAGCAGCUGCCUGGGGCAGUGGCUUUCUCAAUGCUGUCCUGCACACGGCCAGUACAUUUUCCCUGCCCCUCUGCCAAGGCAAUGAUCUCGAUCAGUUCUUCUGUGAACUUCCUCAGAUCCUCAAGCUCUCCUGCUCAACAUCCUUCCUCAGGGAGUUUGGGCUUAUUGUAGUUAGUCUCUGUUUAGCAUUUGGUUGUUUUGUUUUCAUUGUGGUGUCCUAUGUGCAGAUCUUCAGGGCAGUGCUGAGGAUCCCCUCUGAGCAGGGACGACACAAAGCCUUUUCCACGUGCCUCCCUCACCUGGCCGUGGUCUCCCUGAUGGUCAGCACUGCCACAGUUGCCUACCUGAAGCCCCCCUCCAUCUCCUCCCCAUCCCUGGACCUGGUUGUGUCAGUUCUGUACUCAGUGGUGCCUCCAGCAGUGAACCCUCUCAUCUAUAGCAUGAGGAACCAGGAGCUCAAGGAUGCCCUGCAGAAACUCUUUGGAUACGUGCUUCUUCAUCUUAAUAAUGGACCCAAAGUCCUAACAGGACUCAAAGUUUUUCUUACAAUGUGUUAG